AUGAAACGACCUAUUGUUAGGGAGGAUUAUUUGGUUGACUGCAUAAAAAGGCAGAAGAAACUUCCUUUUGAAUUGUACAAAAUUGAAGCAAUUGGAGAGGCACGUAGCAUGGUCACUGUCAAAGUUAAAGGGCGAAGUGCUGUGCAUGAAGCAUCUGGCUUGCAAGAUUCUGGACACAUCCUUGAGGAUGGGAAAAUCAUUUAUAAUACAACUUUGAACAUGUCUGACCUUUCAACCGGUGUUAACAGUUAUUAUGUCCUUCAAAUCAUUCAAGAUGACAAAGGGUCAGAUUGUUAUGUAUUCUGUAAAUGGGUGUUGGAUUUGAUAGGAUUUGGGGUUAAUAAGGAGGCACCUAAGAAGAAAAAUCUGAAUGAUACAAACAGCAAACUUGCUCCCCCCGUUAGUUUGUCAAAUAUAUCAAUGUUUGUCUUACUUGAUGAUUAUUCUUUCAAGAAUAUGUCCGGGAGAAAUGAAAUUUUGCAGGCUGCAAUGAUGGAAUUUGAGAUAAAUAUGUUUGAAAUGCCACUCGGAAAACUUAGCAAAAGCAAUAUCCAGAAAGGCUUUGAGGCACUAACUCAGAUACAGAAUCUAUUGACUAGUGCUGCUUAUGAUGCUUCUGUCAAAGAAAGCCUGAUCGUUGAUGCCAUCAAUCGAUUUUUCACCGUGAUUCCUUCCAUUCAUCCUCAUGUGAUUAAGGAUGAGGAUGAUUUUAAGUCAAAGGUGAAAAUGUUAGAAGCUCUUCCGGACAUUGAAAUAGCUUCCAGAUUAGUAGGUUUUGAUGUUGAAAGUGAUGAUUCCCUUGAUGAACAGUACAUGAAGUUGAAGUGUGAUAUUGCUCCACUUCCCCAUGAUAGUGAAGAUUAUAAGCUGAUUGACAAAUAUCUUCAAGCCACACAUGCCCCUACACAUACAGUGAAAAUGUUAGAAGCUCUUCCGGACAUUGAAAUAGCUUCCAGAUUAGUAGGUUUUGAUGUUGAAAGUGAUGAUUCCCUUGAUGAACAGUACAUGAAGUUGAAGUGUGAUAUUGCUCCACUUCCCCAUGAUAGUGAAGAUUAUAAGCUGAUUGACAAAUAUCUUCAAGCCACACAUGCCCCUACACAUACAGUGGAUUCCCGGUUGACAAACUUUGUGGGCAUACUUAGUCAAGGACUGAGAAUCGCUCCUCCUGAAGCCCCAGCUACUGGAUAUAUGUAUAUGGACAAACCUCCUGAAGGCAAGCACUCUACGAAAGGCCUUGGCAAGAAAGUACCUCAAGAAUCAGACUAUGUGAAGUGGAGAGAUGACAUCGUUGUACCUUGUGGAAAACCAGUGUCAUCUAGUGUCAAGGCGACAGAACUGAUGUAUAAUGCGUAUAUCGUCUAUAAUACAACUCAAAAAGGAGCUACUUAUUUCUCUUGGCGCAUUGAUUGGCGUUACCAUAUUGACCUGGUCAAUGUUGCAAUUUCAGGUCAAGAUGCAGUUCUUAUUGAAGGUAAGGUUUCACCACAAGAGGUGAAGUGCCACAGGACAAACGUCUCUCUCUCUCUCAUCUUCAAUCUGGCAACUGAGAAUGGCUCUCCAUGUGGUGCAUGCAAAUUUCUGAGGCGAAAGUGUGCCGUGGAUUGUUAUUUUGCACCUUAUUUCUGCUCGGAACAAGGGCCGGCUAGAUUUGCUGCCAUUCAUAAGGUGUUUGGUGCCAGUAACGUUUCCAAAUUGUUACUGCAUGUCCCCGUAGAGGAUCGAUGCGAGGCGGUUGUGACCAUUGCUUAUGAAGCUCAAGCAAGGAUCAGAGAUCCAGUUUAUGGCUGUGUCGCACAUAUCUUCGCCUUACAACAGCAGGUGACGUGCUUGCAAGCCCAACUGAUGCAAAUGAAGGCUCAACUGGCACAAAGCCUCAUUGAUUCAAAGACUGCGGAAAAUAAAUGGCAUGGAAACCUGGCUGGAAUGGCAUUGUUUCCGAAUUGCCCGGCUUACUUGAACUCUAUCUCAACCCCGAGCUCACUUGAGCGCUUCAAUGGAGGAAAGGGUAUGCAAGAGAUUCGAAGCAGAGAUGAGCAAUCAUUCCAAUCUUAUGCUGAGAAGAUACCUUCACAAACUGACUUGGGUGAGCUUCAAGCACUGGCUUUCAGAAUGAUGAGGGACUGA